AACCAAGAGAGCACACACUAGGAGGUCUGCGAGGUCACUAGGCCCGCCCCUCUUUCAUCCCACUCCCAUGGUUUUAUAUUUGGGUGGAGCAAACACCAGCAUUGCUGAUGUGGGCAGCCUUCCUGAGGAGAUGCAGCCGCUCCUGCUCCUGUUGGCCUUUCUCCUGCCUCCCACGGCUGGGAUAGACCUGAUCAUCCGGGGCCAUGAGGCCAAGCCCCACUCCCGCCCCUACAUGGCCUAUCUUCAGAUCUGGAAUCGGGGAACCCGGACGUGGUCCUCCUGCGGUGGUUUCCUGAUCCGAGAAGACUUCGUGCUGACGGCCGCUCACUGUUGGGGAAGCUCCAUAAAUGUCACCCUGGGGGCUCACAACAUCAGGAAGCAUGAGAAGACCCAGCAGGUCAUCCAUGUGAGAAGAGCCACCCGCCACCCAGCAUAUGAUUCUAAGAGACUUUUCAAUGACAUCAUGCUGCUGCAGCUGGAGAGAAAGGCCAGGCUGACUUCAGCCGUGCAGCCCCUCAAGCUGCCCAAGCACAUGGGCUGGGUGAAGCCAGGGGACAAGUGCAGUGUGGCCGGCUGGGGCCAGACUGCCAUGGAGGGCAGAGGCUCAGACACGCUGCAGGAGGUGACGCUCACCGUGCAACAGGACAGGACGUGCGAAUUGGUCUACCACCAGAAUUACCACAAGGACACAGAGAUAUGUGUGGGGGACCCAAAGACAACUAAUAUCAACUUCAAGGGGGAUUCUGGUGGCCCCCUGGUGUGUAAGAAGGUGACCCAGGGCAUUGUGUCUGGUGGAAGAAUAAACGGAACACCUCCAAGAAUAUACACGAAGGUCUCACAUUUCCUUCCCUGGAUAUGGAAAAUAAUGAAGUAUAGCAGCCAAAGAAAGCCCCAAAACUGACGUCCUCUGAGCCAGACCAUCUUUUCUGAGGCAGAGGCGAGAAUCCCACAGAGGUGGGCAGUGGGAUCACAGAAGUGCAAUAAAUGGAUCUCUCGCAUGAAUAUGACUCAAGUCUGGUCUAUGCAUUGAUCUGCUUUCAAUAUGUGACAGCCUGCUCCAGGCUGCCCUCUGCUGUCAAUUCUGGUUUGUAUCCUCCUUUCCCCCACUGCCGGCUCUCCCUAAACCCCAUGCUGGACAAUUUCUCAUCAAUUUUUCAGGCACGAGUCUUUGAUACCUAACUUUCUGCCACAGACAAUCUUCUCCCCCCAUAAAGUGAACCUCUCUGGGCCUUAGGAAUUUCUUAACAUCUCUAAGCUAACCGCUUUCACCAAUCCCUGCCCCCCUGACUUUGGCAGAGAGUGGAGCACUAAGUGGAAAGGAGCUAACUCCAGGGACCCAGGUGGCCGGGCCCAGCCAGCAGCACCCCAGUGGGGGCACGCUUCUGCCACAGCCAGGCCUGUCUGCAGGUCCAGAGGCUGAGAUGCUUCUCUGAUGCCCCUCAGCCUCACCCAGGCCCUGCACUGGGCCCAGCACUGAGCUCAGUCAGCCUCCUUCCUCCCUGGCCUUCCCAUACAGACCCCUGCUUUUCACCCAGGUGUCCCUAGCCACCAGCUCCUCCCUUCUAGCCCUGUUUGAGCCAGUCUUCUCUUUCUCAUCUCCCAAGGCUGUGCAUUUCUCAUUUCUCAAGACUGAGCAGAUUCUCCUCUAUUGUUUGUCCCAGCCCAACCUGGGCUGCCAGCCCACCUGAUGCUGAUCACACUGGGCAGGGCUGGCUGAGGCCCCAGUUUAGCCAGGCAUCCCCAGGGGCUCAGGCAUCCCCUCAUGUUCAGUGUCUCAGUGGCCUGGCCUGGCCUCAGUGCCCAGCCUCCCCCUGCUGGCAAUGUGGGGCUAUGGCGGCCUUGCACAAGAGGGCUCUGGGGCUGCUGGGCUGGAAGGACCCCUUUGCCACCCAAGUAGACAAAUAC